CACCGAUGCGCGGAAGAUGACUGGUAUAAUGGAUACUUCAUCCCGAAAGGCACGAUCUGUAUUCCAAAUGUGAUGGGAAUGAACAAGGAUCCUGCUGUAUGGGGACCUGAUGCACAACAGUUCAAUCCUCAGGGCCAUCUCGAUAAGGAUGGUCGACUGGCUCAAGCCCCUGUCAAUACUAAGGAAGAGUCGCAUGCAACCUUCGGAUUCGGACCCAGGACUUGCCCCGGUCGUCAUCUAGCGAAUAACUCAUUAUUCUUUUCCAUUGCAAGCAUCCUAUGGGCCUCGCACAUCCGUCCGGCGAGAGACAAAGGCGGGAAGGAAAUCGUUCCCGAUCCUUCUCAAAUUAUCACCGGUGGUCUUGUAAUGUGA